AUGUCACCUAGACGUUGGAAAGAUCGUUGGGCAGAACUCAAAAGUGCAAGGAGCAAGCAACUCGGCGACGUUCCCUCGAGGCGGCGUUCCCAGCACCGAGCGGCGAACGUUGCGCCGCGGGAACGGACGAGUACCAAGCAGUGCCUGAAGCGGCCGCCGUUCGUGUUGGUCGGCGACUGGACGCCGGCGAACGCCGUCCCCUCGCUCGCCGCCGUCGCUCCUCGUUCCUUUUUCCAGCGUUCGUCCACUCCUUUUCUUUCCUCGCCGCGAGCUGUGUUCUACUGCCCCACAGACCUUCUUUUGUCUCCCUUUCACUCAUUUUCUUUUGUAUCAGACCUGUUUCUUUCGAGUUUUUUUCAAAGAAGCCUAAGCAAACUUGACGUUUUCUUGAUGCAAGUACAGAGAGGCUUACUUUAAGUUUAAAAAUAAUUCAUUACAGUAUGAAAUAAAAAAAUAUGAGAUUGAGAUUUUUUUGACUAUAUAGCUUUAAUUCAAAAACAUAGAAAAACUUAGUAUAUCAUAAUAAAUAGAAAAAAACAGAGCAAAAAAAUUUUUUUCUUUCUUUACAUGGUUCAAAAAGUUAGAAAAAGGUUUCUCAUUGCAAUAAAAAAACUUUUAUUUUACUAUUUAAAAAAAUUUUUUUCAUGGAUAAAGAAUGAAUUUAGAAAAAAAUAUAAAAAACUUUUUGAAUCCUAAGAAUUUUGUUUAGGUUUGUGCAAAAAAGCAGAUAAUUCACACAGUUAUUAACGAAUUCCUGAAACGUAAUGUCAAAGUUGUUUUCCGGAACAAAGAGUUUUUAAAUGCUUUGUAGAGCGCGAAAAAUUUGAAUUCCACUACUAUCUUAUAAGCUUUCGAAAAAUGGACUCUGUCGAAAUUAAAAUGAAUACAAUAAAAAAACUCGAAUUUGAAAAAUCGCUGAAGUUUUCCUAAAUAAAAUGAUUUCACUUUAUGUGUACAAAACUUUUUAUCAUCUUGGGAAACGAUAAAUUAGUAGGUUCGACGUAGUGAAGCAGGAUUUGGAAAUAUCAACUCUCGAGCUUCACGCAGAAACUGAGACGGCGUUCCCGACAGCGGCGCAAAGUGCAGAGGAAGUGCAAGUGCACUAGAGGCAGCGGUGUGGCACCGACUGCGGCGAACGGCCGCCAGGAGGAGAACGCUGGCGCCAGCUGGUGGGAGGCGGCGGCGGGCCGUUCCGCAGCCACCGCGAACGCUCUCCGUCGCCUGCGUUGGUGGGCUGAACGCCCGGAAAGGGACACGUAUCGUGAGCGAUUCCCAAAGUACACACAUCCAAAAGGCGUUCGCUUUGUCCUGGAAACACUUCACUUUCUGACCACCCGUGCAGCGGACAUUCUCUUUUUUCUCCUUCUUGCUGGCUUUCUCUUUCUGCGCAUACUGUAACUAACCUACUCUGCAUGAAUUAUCUAGGGAAAUGAACUCUAAAAUAUCGCGAUUUCAAGAAAGGCAUUGAUAAAAAGAAUUUGACAUUCUUGUAGUAUUCUCAAAAUCUAUUUGAAUAUCAAAAAAAAAUUCGUUAAUCAUGAAUUUCGAUUACAAGUUAAGCCGCAUAAAAAAAGAUGUCGCUCAAAAAGAUCUCUAUAUUGGAAAAAGAGAAGAAUGAGCGUAGCUCUAUUAUUAAAAAAAUUAAAAAAAGGUUGAAGAUAUUUAAGAAUUUUUGUUUACCAAAGACAUUGAAUUAUUGAAUAAGUUUUUUUCUUUAUUACAUCAACUUUUGAUAAUACGCAAAAAUGGUCUAAAGAGAUAAUCAAAUUUUUGAUCUAGAUCUGUAGAUAUUUCCCUUUCAUUCAGCCAAAAAAAAAAUCUAGGACCGGACUCUUUAUUCCAACUUCAUUUUUUUUCUCUAAAAACUAGUUCUCGUCCAUAUUCUUGUUCUCAAAAUAAAUUUCGAAAAAGAAAGCGUUUUUCAGAGGCUUCCUCUUGGACGACGGGCAGUUGCCUGCGCCGCUCUUCGCUGGCUGACCUAGCGAGCUAGGUAUUCAGGAUACUCUAAUUAUUCACGAUUAUAGUGAUUCCCGUUUCAGGCAAUGGCGGUUCUGUGGGGAAGGCUAAGUGCUGGCCCGAUAAGGGAAGCUGCGUGUGCGCAUGUGUGAAGUAGCUUGUCGGUGCUUAUCUCUACUCCUUGGAGUUGGCAUUGAGUAAGUUAUAUUUCUUUAAAAUAAGGAGACUGUUAGGAAAAUAAAAAAUGAUUGACUUCUUUUGAAACACUCGGAAAAUUAAUAAUUUUGUAGGAACUUAGCUUUCUGUGAAGUAUUUAUCAUUCGGACUCACAAUCAUUUGAAAUGUUCAAAUCGGCUAAAAGACAAUUGAAAUAUAAAAGCUCUUUCCGGUUUCUAUGUUUAUGAUCAAUUCCAGGCACCGAGAAUGCGCUACAAAGGUUCUUGAAUGGUUUGGGUGGAUCGGAGGUCGAUUGGUCCGUCUUCAGCAAAAAAUUCACACACAGCGAGAGCAGCGCCGAACCUUCUCACAGUCAAAAGUCUGUACCUGGUGGACUGUGCUGA